CACAUCAGCGACAACUCGAAAUGUCUCACCACGUGGACACCACAUCAUACUUUAAUGACAUAAUACACAUGUAUAGCCAUAACUAUCGACUUUGUGAUAACAACAGCCAAUUUCUCAUAAAAUACACAAAAUGUUCAAUUUCAUCCAAAACUUUAUGGAGUCAUUUUAGAUGUUGACUUAACUAAGUUUCUGCUGAUUUGGAGACACUUAGUAAUCAUGUGGAAUUAACUAAUUCACUUGGCAUAACUAAAAAAAAUAAAAAAUGAAAGAUAAAUAAAAUAAAAUAAAACGGAAGGGUCGUCCACCUCCAAUUCGCCUGAGUCUCAGUCCUAGCCCGUUCUCCUUCCUCCAAUCGACAGCCUCAACCCCUUUUCACCUCCGUCCACCGUAUUUAACUGGUGGUGGCUUUUUAGCAGGUCUUCCUCUACCGCUAAAUAGAGAACCACUAGGAAGAGAGCGAAACUGCUCUCGACGAUAUCCACAAGCAUUGGAGUCCUGACUUCUUACGCUAGUAGCGACUGUGACACGAAAGUGUAUUUUGCCAGAACGAUGGAGAAGCAAGUAAUCGCAGACGUUGGUGGGCUGUCCGAGAAAUCAGAAAGGAAGAUAGUUGGGCUAGAAGAGGAAUAUGAUGGAUAAAAUAGAAUUUGUACUAAUAUUUUUUAAAUAAAAUAUGAUGUGGCAUCCACAUGGCAUGGCAUGUCCAGUUGUUGCCGAUGUGUACGUUUAGGUGACAUCCUCGUUAGCAUAUUGUUAAUGUCGUUAAAAUUUUUAACAAAGUGGUUAAAUUUUUCAAAUAUGUUUUAAAAUCGGGAUGUUUUUUGUAUUUUUCAAAAAUGGGAUAUUAUUGUCACCACGUCAAAAGUUAUGGUCUUAAGCCCUUAAACGAUGGACUUGAAAGUCCCUGUUCAAUUCCCAUCUAAAGAGGUGGAACUUCAAGUCCACGGAUGUGUACCCUGAAAGUUUGUGGGUCCCACAAAUUUGUUGUACCUAAAUACAUUAAGCAAACAAUGAAUUUUGGAUAAACUCUAUAAUGUCACCAAAUCCAUCACUAAAUCCAUCAAGCAAAUAACCCUAAUUCUACCCGUCAAUAUCUUUUAAUUAAAAUGUCACCAAGUCUAGCAAAAAUAUUAGCAUAAUCCGUAUUUAAAAUGACUUCGUAAAAUAUUUGGACGGACGGAAUUAGUUAUUUUGUGAAUUUGCAAAAAAAAAUUCUAUUAUUGUUAGAAAGUAGUUAUGACUAUUUAAAUAAAUAAAAAAUACAAAAAGUAAGAGAUAAUAGCGGAGGAGUUUUCUGAUAGGCCGUCUAAAUCCGAUGAUGGCGACGGAAAACCCUAAUUUUCUAAUACGAAAAACAACGUGACAGAGAGUGGUUUCUUCCUUUCUUUUUUACUGCUCCAGCAGCCUCCAGUAGUCGACAGUGUUCGUCCCUCCUCCAGUUUCCGCAGUAGUGAGCAGUUGAAACUCUGAAGCAGCCAGCCCAGCCCAGCCAAGCAUCUCUCUACACUUCCUUCCACCUCCUGCUUGUUGACUUCCUUCCUCCUUCCAACCGAAACAGUGCCUUUCACUUUCUUGCCCACAUUUUCCCCCUUUUCCCACCUCUCUUCUUCUUCUUCGACCAAAUUAAUCAUUUAGAAGGUGGAGGGGUGUAGCAAUUUGGUGCCAUUUGAUGCUCCUUUUACCUAUAAUUCUUAGUGCGCUGCUUCCAAUCCCCAAUUCCACAUUCUCUCAAGGUAUUGUUCCUUUUAAAACCCUCCUUCUCCCUGUUGAAUUCCCCCUUUUCACGCUCUUUUAUCUCUGAUACAUGAGAUCCCAUUUCCCCCCCUUGGUCAAUUGCUCUGGCUUCUUGCCUCGGCUUGCUUUUGAUGUCUUCCUGUUGGUUGACCCUGCAAAGAAAAUGAACCUCCAGUAACAACCUUUAAUGCACUUGCUGAAUAUUUGGUCAUCUGGUUUCUAGUUUCAUUGCCUGUAGUUCUUCAUUUCUGUGUUUCGAUCUCUAAGAAUGCCAUUUUGGGUGGUUUCUUCAGAUCAGUUACCAUGUCUUGCUACCCCCUCUGAUCUACCAUUUGCUUGAUUUUUUUUUUUUAAUGUGUUGGGGAACUUAGGGUUUGCUGGUCUCUUGUGCCGAAUGCAUUCUUUCUGUUCUCCGAUGUUGUUGUCCUAUUUCCAUCAGUUAGAACUAGAAAGAUCUUAACUUUGAUAUAAGAAACUACAUAGCAUUUAUCAGUAAAAGCAUCUAGCAGGGCGGCUUAUUACCCACCACACUACAUUAUGGAUUACAUACACGUGCCUCAUUAGGGUUUAGUUUGAUAUGUUACUCUGUACUGCUUCUUAGAUGUGUCGAAUUCCUUUAAUGGGAGCGUGUAGCCUUUUCCAUUUACAAUUAGCUGGGAAAGGGUUCUGAUUUCUCUUGAACUUGGUAGAGUUAUAAUGAUUUGAUUUUCUCUUGUUGCCUGUGUUACAGCACUGUAAAUGCAGCUUUGUGGCUUUCCCUACCAUUCAUUUUAAUUCCAAUUCUAGGAUUGCUGUUUGACCGUGGCUCCCUAGUAUCUACUGUUUCUGCAUUCCUAGUCUAGUAACUCUAAAGCUGGUUUCUUGUUUGUUCUUACCUCUAGGUCCCUAGACCAGUGGCAAUAUGAAGUAGAUAGCACUCUUGAUUCCAUGGUGCCUUCUGAAGGGAGUGUGAUACAAAGCUCUUCUAAUUGUAAAGUGGGUUUCUUGAAGGGAGGUUGACAUACUACCCCUGUUACAUUGGUUUGAGAGUGAAUGAUGACGAGGCUCAACCUCCCAAAGCGAUACUUGAUUGUCAUUCUAACAUUCAUCUGCACUUGUGUCUGCUAUAUAGAACGGGUGGGCUUCUCUAUUGCAUAUACUGUUGCAGCUGAUGGUGCUGGAGUGAGUGAAUCAAGCAAAGGUGUGAUAUUAUCGACGUUCUAUUAUGGUUAUGCUUGUUCUCAGGUGCCUGGUGGCUGGGCAGCUCAGCGGAUUGGGGGAAGGAAGGUUCUUCUUCUUUCAUUUGUUUUAUGGUCAUUGACUUGUUUUCUGGUCCCACUGGAUCCAAACCAAGUUACACUGUUGGUGUUUGCCCGGUUGCUUGUUGGUGUUGCACAAGGUUUCAUCUUUCCUUCCAUACACACUGUCCUGGCUCAGUGGGUCCCACCCCAUGAGAGGUCCAGAUCGGUUUCUCUCACAACUUCUGGAAUGUACUUAGGUGCAGCCAUGGGGAUGCUUAUCCUCCCGUCCUUGGUAAAAUUCAAGGGACCACAAACUGUAUUUGUUGCUGAAGCCAUCUUAGGGGUUUUGUGGUCUUUGCUUUGGUUUCAGUAUGCAAGUGACCCACCUCGGUCUGAGCAUCCAAAAGCCACUGCUUCUGGAUUUGGGGAGUCUUUGCUCCCACUUAAAACCAAGGGUAAAGUCGAGAAUGGCGUAAGCAAUACCCGAACUGCCAAAAUUCCUUGGAAAAAGAUUUUAGUCAGCUUACCAGUUUGGGCAAUCGUGGUGAACAAUUUCACUUUCCAUUAUGCAUUGUAUGUGCUCAUGAAUUGGCUGCCCACUUACUUCGAGCAAGGGUUGCAGCUCAGUCUUCAAGAAAUGGGCUCAUCUAAAAUGAUGCCUUAUCUCAACAUGUUCAUUUUUUCUAAUAUCGGUGGGGUGGUUGCUGACCAUCUGAUCACUAAGAGGAUAUGUUCCGUGACUAGAACAAGAAAGGUUUUAAACACAAUCGGGUUUUUGGUAGCUGCUUUUGCGUUGAUGGCACUUCCACUCUUCAGAACUUCUGAUGGGGCUGUUUUCUGUUCAUCGGUCGCUCUUGGGUUCUUAGCAUUAGGGAGGGCUGGAUUUGCGGUGAAUCACAUGGAUAUUGCACCACGAUAUGCUGGUAUAGUUAUGGGAGUUUCUAAUACUGCUGGUACUUUGGCUGGAAUUGUUGGGGUUGACUUAACUGGGAAGCUUCUUGAAGCUUCAAAAGUUGCUUAUUCGGAUCUCUCGAGUCCAGAGAGCUGGAGAGUUGUGUUCUGCAUACCGGGCUUGCUCUGCAUCUUCAGCUCUCUGGUGUUCUUGCUGUUCUCCAGUGGAGAGAGGAUUUUUGACUAAGGUAAUAAGGUCGUCUGUGAUUGAAGUGCUAUGAUGCAUGGACGUCUUAAAUUCUCCUUUGCAGAUUCCUAUUAUUCCAACUUCCACCGUAUACACUUCCUUCUGAAGGCUCAUAGUUUGAGAGGCCAUGAGGAUGUGGUUUGUGGAAGAUAGUCGGCUCCAUGGUAUAGCUUUGAGAAACACAAAAUUUUCUGGCGUUAGAUCCCUCUACUGGGUUAUCACUCCCCAUAUAUUUAAUUAGCCUAAAUCGUACUAAGAGCAGAGUGUAUUCUUUCUUUGUGUAUGUAAUUUUGCAAAUUUGAGACAAUAGCCUAGUCAAUUGCAGCCAAGAUCAAAGUUAGAACUGAUGCUGUUUGUUGCAGUAGACUGAAAUUUCCAACUGUACGAUGAGAGAGAUUUCUUCUGUCAUGGUCAGAGCAAUCUGAAAUUGUAAGAUGGAUGCAGGCAUGCAGCAAAAGGAAGUUUUAAGUUGGUGUCGAGUUGAUAAUACAGGGCUCUUUUGUUCAUUGUUUCUCAAUAGCUCAGUGAUACUUCAGAAUUGUACAACUUAACAAUGUAGCUCGUUAUACAGGGCAUUUAAGUUACCUUUUGAUAAAAGCCUUUGCACUUU